UGAGACAGCCGAAAAUCGGUUAGGAGAACAAGUGCAAUGCAAGCGUUGUAUUGUUAAACACCCAUGGUACUUGGAAUCCCUGUCAGUGGUUUAAUACCUCAUUUAAUCAGUGAUUCACAAACAAACAACGAUGGCUCUCUCCACAGCCCGCUCCUUCUUGUCAGAGGCGGGGUAUGGGGAACAAGAACUGGACGCCAAUUCGGCUCUGAUGGAAUUGGACAAAGGGUUGAGAUCGGGUAAACUCGGCGAGCAAUGCGAAGCAGUGGUGCUGUUUCCCAAACUCUUCCAGAAGUACCCUUUUCCGAUUCUCAUCAACUCGGCGUUUCUGAAACUAGCAGACAUAUUCAGACUCGGGAAUAACUUCCUGCGGCUGUGCGUGCUGAAGGUAACCCAGCAGAGCGAGAAGCACUUGGAGAAGAUCCUCAACGUGGACGAGUUUGUCAAAAGGGUAUUCUCUGUGAUCCACAGCAAUGACCCUGUGGCGAGGGCGAUUACUCUCAGAAUGCUUGGUAGUUUGGCCUCCAUCAUCCCAGACAGAAAGAAUGCCCACCACAGUAUUCGCCAAAGUCUGGACUCUCAUGACAACGUUGAAGUGGAGGCUGCAAUAUAUGCUGCUGCAAGUUUCUCUGCCCAAUCCAAGGAUUUUGCAGCUGGAAUAUGCAACAAAAUCAGUGAGAUGAUUCAAGGUCUGGCCACCCCAGUGGACCUGAAGCUGAAGCUGAUCCCCAUGCUGCAGCACAUGCAUCACAACGCCAGCCUGGCUUCGGGCAGCCGAGAGCUGCUGCAGCAGCUGGUCAACUCCUACCCCUCCACCCCCAUGGUGAUCGUCACCCUGCACACCUUCACCCAGCUGGCCGCCUCCUCCCUCAUCGAUAUCCCCAAGCAGUUGCAGCUUCUUCUUCAGUACCUGAAAGACGACCCGAGGAAAGCCGUGAAGAGACUGGCUAUUCAGGACCUCAAGCUUUUGGCUAAAAAGGCCCCCCAUCUCUGGCUGAGAGACAACACCCAGACCCUGUGCGAGUGUGCCUUGAGCAGCCCCUACACCAGUCUGAAGCUGGGCAUGCUGGCCGUCCUCUCCACCCUGUCCGGGACCAUUGCCAUCAAACAGUACUUCAACCCAGGGCUGGGGAGUGCUUCAGUUCCUCUUCGCCUCACCGACCUGGUUAAGCUAGCGCAGGAAUGCUGUUACCACAGCAACCUGGCCGUUGCUGCCCACGGGGUCGGCGUGCUCACCAACAUCGCCAUAUCCUGUCCAGAUCAGGACAUAGUGCAGCUGGAGCAGGACACGGUGCUGGGAGUGGAGGCCCUGCUGACGCUCUGCUGCCAGGACAGCAGCCCCGGGGCACAGGCCUGCCUCAAGAGAACACUCACCUCUCUGGUGUGCCUGCUGAAGAGCCGGCCCCACCUCAGCCAGUCGGCCGUGGAGUUCCUGCUGGGCCAGCUGCAGACGUCCUGCGACGAGGCGCGGGCCCUGGUGUGCCACGCCCUGGCGGCCAUCGCCAGCCACCUGCCGGUGCUGGGGGACGGCAUGCUGGGGGCCCUGGUGGACCUGUACCGCGUGGCCUGCAACUCCUCCACCGACAUGCAGCAGGAGCUCCUGGUUUCCUUGGCGACGGUGAUCUUCGUGGCGAGCCAGACGUCUCUGUCGGCGGAGGUGAAGCUGGUCAUCAAGCAGCAGCUCCAGAACGUGGCAAACGGCUGGACCGUGUACCGCAUCGCACGCCAGGCCUCGCGCAUGGGCUGCCACGACCUGUCCAGCGACCUCUACCAGAGCCUGCGCACGCGCGUGGCCUCGGAGCACUUCUACUUCUGGCUCAACAGCCUGAAGGAGUUCUCCCAGGCGGAGCAGUGCCUCAGCCACGUGGAGGACGGCAACUACAGCGCCGCCAUGAGCGCCAUCGCCGAAGCCCUGCGCUCCUACCAGAAGGGCGUGGCCUCACUCACGGCUGCGAGCACGCCACUGAGCCCGCUGAGCUUCCAGUGCGACUUUGUGAAGCUGCGCAUCGACACGCUGCAGGCCCUGUCGCAGCUGGUCUGCACCUGCAACAGUCUGAAGACCAGCCCGCCGCCCGCCAUCGCCACCACCGUGGCCCUCAGCUCGGGCAGCGAGCUGCAGCGCUGCGGACGCAUCUCCAUGCAGAUGAAGGUGUCGAUGGACGAGUUCAAAAGCCUUGCAGCGCGGUACGGGGACCUGCAUCAGUCAUCCUUCGAUGCCGACUAUGCAACCCUGCGCAACGUGGAGCUGCAGCAGCAGAGCUGCCUACUGGUCUCCCAUGUCAUCGAGGCCCUGAUACUGGACCCACAGACUGCCAGCUUCCAGGAAUACGGCACCCUGGGGUCGGUCCAGACGCAGAGCGAGUAUGAGCGGCGCAUGAUGUCGGUGUUCAACCACGUGCUGGAGGAGGUGGAGGGCCUCAGCAAGAAGCACCCACCCGUCUCGUACCUGCACACGGGUUGUCUGUGCGAUGCGGUCAUAGCACUGCUCAAGGUGCCCAUGUCCUUCCAGAGGUACUUCUUCCAGAAGCUCCAGUCCACGAGCAUCAAGCUUGCCCUUUCCCCGUCUCCACGGACACCAAGCGAGCCCAUCCCGGUGCAGAGCAGCCAGCAGCUGUCCUUGAAGGUGGAGGGUGUGGUGCAACACGGCUCCACCCCGGGGCUCUUCAGGAAGAUCCAGUCGGUGUGCCUCAACGUCACCUCCGUGCUCCAGAGCAAGACCGGAACGGAUUUCAAGAUCCCGCUGGACACCAAGACCAACGAGAUCGAGCAGCGCGUGGAGCCCCACAACGACUACUUCAGCACCCAGUUCCUGCUCAACUUCUCCGUGCUGGGGACGCACGCGGUCGCCGUGGAGGCGUCGGUGGUGGACGAGAGCGGCAUCGAAUGGAAGACCGGCCCCAGGGUCGCGGUGUCCGUCAAGUCCCUGGAGGACCCGUACUCCCAGCAGCUGAGGCAGCAGCAGCAGCAGCAGCAGCAGAGUGGAGCGCAGCCCGCGCCUCAGAGGAGCGUGUACGGACGCUUCUAACACCAAAUAGGCUCUUUUUAUUAUUGUGAUUGCUGCAGUGUGAAACCAUUGUUUCUUGUUGACGACCAACUUGUAAAGUUUUUUUUCUUUUCCAAGGAUUAAAAGAUACAAUUUUUGGAAUAA